AUGGGUCACAGGAGGGCCCGCCUAUGGGCACUUUUCCAGUGCUGCAUCCCCAAGGCAAAGGCCAAGACAAGGAAGAACUUGGCCUCGGCCCAAGUCCUGGAAGCAGAGCGGCCUGAGGAGUUGGCAACAUCUACGGAAGAACUCAAUGUAUACCGGGAACAGCUUCUUGCAAGAGAAGAAGAAAUAGCUCUGCUGAACGCAGAGCGGAAUAACAUCAUGCUGCUGCUGGAGCACCUGGAGUUCCUGGUUUCCCGGUAUACACCGUCCCUCCAGACGACGGCGGGCAAGUGGCAGGCGCAGUCCCCAGACAGCAUGACCAGGGAGCUGGAGGUGCUCAAGUCGCUGAAGUCACUCUUUGAGCACCACAAGGCCCUGGACAAGAAGUGCACUCACGUAUAUACACACAUCAACACACAAGGAGCACUUGAAAGGUGUAGUUUGUUAGAAGAAUUAGGUGCCACACAUAAUUCACUGAUGAUUCUUAAAGAGAAGAAUAACCUGAAAAAGAUACUAAUGGACAGGGUGCUUGAUGUAAAUCACAAGCAAGAAAACAUGCCAAGCGCCAGUGGAAAGGCACGUCCUCAGUCUCACUCUCUAACCCGUGACGAAGACCUGGCUCAGGUGAUCGAGCUCCAGGAAAUCAUCGAGAAGAAGUCACGGGAGCAGAGAGAGAUGAAGCACCGCCUGGCAGCCCUCUCUGCCCACGUAACAGAGCUGGAGAAGGACCUGGACACGGCCAGGAAGGACCUCCUGAAGUCCAAGGAGGUGAACGUGGAAUUACAGCAGGACGUCCGUGAAGCUAUGGCCCAGAAGGAGGACAUGGAGAAGAGAAUCACUACACUUGAGAAACGCUACCUCGCUGCACAGCGCAAAGCCAUCUCUGUGCACAACCUCCAUGAUAAACUUGGAAAUGAAAUCGCAAAUAAGGAUUCUAUGCAUCGACAGAAGGAGGAUAAAGACCGACAGCUGCAGGAGUGCCUGGAGCUGGCAGACCAGAAGCUGCAGCAGAUGCUGACAGAAGUGGUGGCUGAGCUGGCUCAGCAGGUGGCUGCGCUCUCCAAGGCGGGAGAGAGACCCAGCAGCAUGGAGGAGAGGGUGAAGGACAGGGAAGCCUGGCUGACUGAACAAGAGCAAUCAUUACAAACAAUUCAACAAAGAGCAAAAAUGAAUGAAGAACACAACGAACACUCAUCAGAUACCGUGGAUCAGCUUCUGUCUGUUUCAGAUGAGAGGCUUCAGCUUCAUCUGAAGGAGAGAAUGGCUGCUCUGGAGGAUAAGAAUUCUCUCCUAUGGGAAGUUGAAAAUGCAAAAAAGCAUUUAGAAGAAAUGCAAAACAACAAGGUGCAGCCCCUGAAAGAUCAGGACCAGGAGCGCGGGCAGCAAGCCAGCGUGCUGGCCAACAUGGGCCAGCUGUUCAAGAGUGACAAGGGCGUGUCAGACAGCGAGGGCGACGGGGUCAUCCUCUUCAGCGUGCCCGCUCUGCUGUCGCCCAUCGGGCAGGCCGAUGCCGAGACUCUGGCCAUGAGGAUUCAGGAGCAGCUGGACAAGAUCAACGAAGAGAUCUGGUUGAUUCAAAAAGACAAGGAGAACACGGAUCAGCGGGCGGAGGGGAUUGAGAGCAGGGUGGGCAGUGGGAACUUCAGCAACCUUCGGCGCUUUAAGUCCUCCAACUCCCUCAACCUGGAUCCCGCCUCCUCGCAUGCCGGCUCCUUCCCGCCCAGCAGAGGGCGCUCCAUGCCCGAAAGGAGGCAGCCCAGCCCUGAGCGAGAAGACAAGCUGGGCUUCAUGACUCUGAAGUCACGGGAGCAGAGAGAGAUGAAGCACCGCCUGGCAGCCCUCUCUGCCCACAUAACAGAGCUGGAGAAGGACCUGGACAUGGCCAGGAAGGACCUCCUGAAUUCCAAGGAAGUGAAAGUGAAAUUACAGCAGGACAUCCGUGAAGCUAUGGCCCAGAAGGAGGACAUGGAGAAGAGAAUCACUACACUUGAGAAACGCUACCUCGGUGCACAGCGCAAAGCCAUCUCUGUGCACAACCUCCAUGAUAAACUUGAAAAUGAAAUCGCAAAUAAGGAUUCUAUGCAUCGACAGAAGGAGGAUAAAGACCGACAGCUGCAGGAGUGCCUGGAGCUGGCAGACCAGAAGCUGCAGCAGAUGCUGACAGAAGUGGUGGCUGAGCUGGCUCAGCCGGUGGCUGCGCUCUCCAAGGUGUUGCCCCGUAAUGCUGGUGGGCGCUGGCUGGGCAUGGAGAGGCGGGCCGGGCCUGUGCUGGCCUGGCUGUUGGAGCGUUGCCUGGAGCUCAGGGAGCGCCUGAGGGGCUGGCAAAGCAAAGAGCAAAAAAUGAAUGAAGAACACAACGAACACUCAUCAGAUACCGUGGAUCAGCUUCUGUCUGUUUCAGAUGAGAGGCUUCAGCUUCAUCUGAAGGAGAGAAUGGCUGCUCUGGAGGAUAAGGUGCAGCCCCUGAAAGAUCAGGACCGGGAGCGUGAGCAGCAAGCCAGCAUGCUGGCCAACGUGGGCCAGCUGUUCAAGACUGCGCCAGCUCUGCCGUCGCCCAUCGGGCAUGCCGAUUCUGAGACUCUGGCCAUGAGGAUUCAGGAGCAGCUGGACAGGAUCAACGAAGAGAUCUGGUUUAUCCAAAAAGACAAGGAGAACACGGAUCAGCGGGCGGAGGGGAUUGAGAGCAGGGUGGGCAGUGGGAGCUUCAGCAACCUUCGGCGCUUUAACUCCUCCAACUCCCUCAACCUGGAUCCCGCCUCCUCGCAUGCCGGCUCCUUCCCGCCCAGCAGAGGGCGCUCCAUGCCCGAAAGGAGGCAGCCCAGCCCUGAGCGAGAAGAAGACAAGCUGGGCUUCAUGACUCUGGACUCGGGCAGCCGUGCUCCAGUUCAGGCAGCUCAGUGCCCGGGAGCCCUUCUGCUGGGCACAGCAGAGCAGCGCCAUCACCCUGGGGUUGGUGACCUGGGUGUGCCGCUCGCCCACUCUGUGGCCUGCUUUGCCCUCCUGCUGCCAGCUAUACAGGAAGAGGUAGAAGAUGACACCAUCAAAUGUGAAACCUCGAGCUCCACCUCGCUGCGGUCCUUUCGUCUGGACCGGCUCACGGGCUCACUGCGCACAGCCAGCGACGAGGACAUCAGGGACACCCGCAACGCGACAGGCUCUCAGGACGGUCCCGGGGGCAACCCCAGCAACAGCAACAGCAGCCAGGACUCGCUGCAGAAAGCCCCAAAGAAGAAGGGCAUCAAGUCCUCCAUCGGUCGUUGGUUUGGCAAGAAGGAAAAGGGCCGGCCUGGACACACCAGCAGGGAGGCGUUAGGACCAGGCUCUCAGGACGGUCCCGGGGGCAACCCCAGCAACAGCAACAGCAGCCAGGACUCGCUGCAGAAAGCCCCAAAGAAGAAGGGCAUCAAGUCCUCCAUCGGUCGUUGGUUUGGCAAGAAGGAAAAGGGCCGGCCUGGACACACCAGCAAGGAGGCGUUAGGACCAGGCUCACUGCGCACAGCCAGCGACGAGGACAUCAGGGACGCCCGCAAGCAUGAGUUGCUGGAGGAAGCCGGGAGACAAGGCGGGCUGGCACAGUGGGAGGGGCCAAGUGUUGUGGUCUGGCUGGAGCUCUGGGCCGGGAUCCCGGCCUGGUAGGUGGCUGCUUCAGCCAACGUGAAGAGCGGCGCCAUCAUGUCCACCCUGUCGCCCUGUGACACGGAGAUCCAGCGUGAGAUCGGCGUCAGCAACCCGCUGCACCAGCUGAAGCUGCGGCUGGUGAUCCAGGAGAGCAUGUCCCUGACCCGCCGCUCCGCCCCGUCCAGAAUGCUGACUGGAACAGGGGCCAAAGUGAAGCAUCAGACACCCACCAGCAUUGCCACACUGGACGCCCCCCCCCCGCCCGACCCUGAGGCGGCCUGCACUUCUGCUCAGUGUGGAGGGGGCGAUGCGGAGGAGCAGAGGGGCAAAGACAAGUGGGGACAACAGCAGCAGGGUCAGAAGAGGGUGGCAGCAUCUCAGAGCACAGCCGAGGAGGAGGAUGGGGACGCCGAGGAGGGGGCUGAAGAGGACGCCGAGGAGGGGGCUGAAGAGGACGCCGAGGACGGACUAUUCCAGAACAGCCAGCGCCGCUUGGGCGGCCGCUUCAGGUGCACAUAG